CCCUCCCCCCCCGACCCGCUGGACUCUCAGCACAGGACAGUGCCCGCCUUAAACGCGCCGCAUAAGUUUGUCUGCCGGGGCUUGCCAUAGGGACGCGCACUGCGCAUGUGCCUCCGUUGGUGUCGGAGCGUGUGAGGAGUCGGCGGGUGGGGGUCGCUGUGUGUGAGGGGCGCGGCGCCGCCAUGAAGUCCCGCUUCAACACCAUCGACAUCCGCGCGGUGCUGGCCGAGCUCCGGGACAGCUUAUUGGGAAUGAGAGUAAACAAUGUCUAUGAUGUGGAUAAUAAGACAUAUCUUAUUCGCCUUCAAAAGCCAGACUGUAAAGCUACACUUCUAAUUGAAUCUGGUAUACGGAUUCAUACAACAGAGUUUGAAUGGCCAAAGAAUAUGAUGCCAUCUGGGUUUGCAAUGAAGUGUCGUAAGCAUUUAAGGAGUAGAAGACUUGUCAGUGUAAGGCAGCUGGGAAUAGACAGAAUUGUAGACUUUCAAUUUGGAAGCGAUGAAGCAGCCUAUCAUCUCAUUGUUGAGCUUUACGACAGAGGAAACAUUGUUCUGACAGACUAUGAAUACUUAAUUUUAAACAUCCUGAGGUUUCGCACAGAUGAGGCAGAUGAUGUCAAAUUUGCAGUUCGGGAACGUUACCCAGUUGAUAACGCUAAAGCACCUGCACCAUUACCUACCUUGGAAAGGUUGACUGAAACAAUAUCAAAUGCAUCUAACGGGGAACUGCUAAAGAGGGUCCUUAACCCACAUCUUCCUUAUGGAGCCACACUCAUUGAGCACUGCCUUAUAGAAGCUGGAUUGUCUGGUAAUGCCAAAGUAGAUCAACAGAUGGAAAGCAAAGAAAAUAUUGAAAGAGUACUUGCUGCUUUACAGAAGGCAGAAGAAUAUAUGAAGAUAACUAACAACUUUAGUGGGAAGGGUUAUAUCAUCCAGAAACGUGAGAAAAAGCCAAGCCUGGAGCCAGAUAAACCUGCAGAAGAAAUCCUCACAUAUGAGGAAUUUCAUCCUUUCUUGUUUUCUCAACAUUUAAAGUGUCCGAACAUGGAAUUCGAAUCAUUUGAUAAGGCAGUGGAUGAAUUUUACUCCAAGCUAGAAGGUCAGAAGAUCGAUUUAAAAGCUUUACAACAGGAAAAACAAGCACUGAAGAAGCUGGAAAAUGUUCGUAAAGAUCAUGAGCAUAGACUUGAAACUCUUCAUCAAGCUCAGGAAGUUGAUAAGGUAAAAGGAGAACUCGUAGAAAUGAACCUGGACGUAGUUGACCGAGCUAUCCAGGUGGUUCGCAGUGCAUUGGCCAACCAGAUAGACUGGACUGAAAUUGGAGCAAUUGUAAAAGAAGCUCAGGCUCAGGGAGACCCUGUUGCGAGUGCCAUCAAAGAAUUAAAGCUUCAGACAAAUCAUAUCACAAUGCUACUAAAAAACCCGUAUGUAUUAUCAGAGGAGGAGGAGGAGGAGGAAGAUGACGAAGCUGAUCAUUGGAAAGAAGUUGAAGAACCAAAGGGGAAGAAGAAAAAGCAUAAAAAUAAACAGCUGAAGAAACCUCAGAAAAACAAGCCAUUGUUGGUUGAUGUUGAUCUCAGUUUGUCUGCAUAUGCCAAUGCUAAAAAAUAUUAUGAUCAUAAGAGACAUGCUGCCAAAAAAACACAGAAGACGGUAGAAGCUGCAGAGAAGGCGUUCAAAUCAGCAGAAAAGAAGACAAAGCAAACAUUGAAAGAAGUUCAGACAGUUACCACCAUUCAGAAAGCAAGAAAAGUUUAUUGGUUUGAGAAGUUCCUGUGGUUUAUUAGCUCUGAAAAUUACCUCAUUAUUGCUGGAAGAGAUCAACAGCAGAAUGAAAUGAUUGUGAAGCGAUAUUUGAAAUCAGGAGAUAUAUAUGUGCACGCUGACCUACAUGGUGCAACUAGCUGUGUAAUCAAAAAUCCUACAGGUGAGCCGAUCCCUCCCCGUACCCUGACUGAGGCAGGCACCAUGGCAUUAUGUUACAGUGCUGCCUGGGAUGCUCGUAUCAUCACUAGUGCCUGGUGGGUUUAUCAUCAUCAGGUGUCUAAAACAGCACCAACUGGAGAAUAUCUGACUACAGGAAGCUUCAUGAUAAGAGGGAAAAAAAACUUUCUUCCACCUUCAUAUCUUAUGAUGGGGUUUAGCUUCUUAUUUAAGGUGGAAGAAUCUUGUGUUUGGAGACACAGAGACGAACGAAAGGUCAAAGUGCAGGAUGAGGAUAUGGAGUCUGUGACCAGUAGUACCAAUGAACUGGUGUCAGAAGAAGUGGAGCUACUAGAAGAAGCACCAGAAGGAGAUGAUAGCAGCACUGAUGAUGAGAAGGCACUGUCUCAAGAAAUGCCUGAUGGUAUUGAAGUCAGGGCUGACAGUAACCUCGAAGAGGAUGUUGCUCACACAGACAAGGAUGGAAUAAACAAGCCACCAGCACAAGAGGAAACCUCUGAAGAUGAUGAUGUAGAAUCUGAAGAAGAGGCUGAAGGUCAGGAGCUCGUGAAUGAAGUGAAGGAGGAGGAGAUAAAUUAUCCAGACACUGCAAUCGACCUGUCACAUCUUCAGCCACAAAGUCUUCACAGAUCCCACCAGAAAAUGGUCACAAAAGAGGAAGCAUCUAACCUGAGUGACAGUAAGUCACAUGGGCGAAGACACUUGUCAGCCAAGGAGAGAAGGGAAAUGAAGAAAAAGAAGCAGCAACAUGACAUAGAGGAUUUAGAACCACCUGAAGGAAAGGACAGAGAGAGCAGCAUGCAGCUCCCGUCUUCUCCUGUUUCAAACAAGAGCAUGUCAGCCCCUCAGCCCAUGAAACGAGGACAGAAGAGUAAGAUGAAAAAAAUGAAAGAGAAGUACAAGGACCAGGAUGAAGAAGAUCGAGAGCUCAUAAUGAAGCUGUUGGGUUCUGCAGGGUCAAGCAAAGAAGAAAAAGUGAAGAAAGGUAAAAAAGGAAAAAUAAAAGAAGAAUCAGUAAAGAAACAAGCCCAGAAACCAAAGAGUGGCCAUCAGGUUGAUGCAGGUCAUAAAGAAACCCGCCCCCCGGUAGAAGUAUUAACACAUGAGUUACAGGACAUGGCCCUGGAAGAUCAGCAGGAGGAGAAGGAGGAACAGGAUCAAGAUCAACAGGAAAAUGAGGAAGGAGAGAAACUGCUAAAUUCUUUGACAGGCCAGCCUCACUUGGAGGAUAUCCUCCUCUUUGCUAUACCAAUAUGUGCACCUUACACUACCAUGACAAACUAUAAAUAUAAAGUGAAGCUCACUCCAGGCACCCAGAAGAAAGGGAAAGCUGCCAAGACUGCUUUGCAUAAUUUCAUGCAUUACAAAGAAGCUACAGCAAGAGAAAAAGAUUUAUUUCGCAGUGUUAAGAUUCAAGAAUGCUUUAGAACUGGGUAUUUUCUGUACAUGAAGGUACAUACACACUGUAAUCAAGUCACCUCUCAAUCGUCUUUUUGAUAAACUACAGAUUGAGCUUAGAGUCUCGCUGUAAGGCACUUGCUCCAGACCACAAAUCAUUUCUGUGGCUCUAUGUAUUAUCUCCAAUUUUUCAACAUCCAAACUGUACACAGUAGUCUAGUGUCUCACCAUGCCCUGUACAGAGGUAAAAUCACCUUCCUGCUCAUACUUGCUAUCCUUGUUUGUAUAGCUAAGGAUUGCAUUGCCCUUUUGGCAGUCACACUAUGGCUCAUGCUCCGUUGCUUGUCUGUGAUCCCUAAAUCCUCUUCUGAGUGACGGCUUUCUAAGCGAGGUCUCCUAGUCUGUCUGCGGGGCCUGCAGGAUUUGUUCCGAGGUGCGUGACCUCACAUUUUGCUGUAUUAAAACACAUGUGCCAGGCAAUCCAGAUCACACUAACUGCCCUGUCCUCAUUUACUAUUCUGAAAAUUUUAUCAUCGGUUAUCUUAUUUUCUUCUAGAUCCCUGAUAAAAAUGUUGAAUAAUCUGGCCUGCUGCUAGUUGUGGUGGACUCUUGUUAGGAUUGCACCUCUGUGAUGAUUC